AUGGCCGCCGCAACCCAGCCCGAUGGCUUCUUGACUCUUCCCGCCGAGCUCCAAGUCAAGGUCUACAAAUACGUUCUUGCCGCCGCUCCGAAAGCACCUGGCCCAGGUAAUCUCGCACCUUAUGCCGGUCUCCUUCUGUCGUGCAAGAAGGUUGCCUUCGACUUCGAGUACGAAUGGGCGAAACACUACAACGCGCGUCUCCAACAUAUCGUCGAGAACACUUGCUUUCACCCAUUGCCUGUCAAACGGUAUGUGCAUGCGGCGCAUCUUCGUAUCUUAGUCACACAGCCGCGGCCGGACCCGGGCCCAUACAUUUACGAAGUACGGGCACCACCAGACUUCAUGGAAAUGACGCGGUUCUACACUCUGAGGCUACCCUACCCAGCCCGCAGUCUUACAGUAGAUCAAUUUCUCUCCACAGGUCAAGCACUUCAACUCCAGGCCCUGCAGUCAGGAGUCGCAUCAAGCGGAGUCUUCUCUCGGGUUGACUUCAGGGCGCAGGAAAUACACUGUUCUUCUAAACCGGUUUUCGAACGCCAACACUCCCAGAGUAGCCAGCAUGGAAGCCAGAGCGAUCAUGUUCGGCGUCUGACCCUCGAAUCCAUACCAGAUGAGAUUCGGGAUCAGAUUUGGUACCAUGUGCUAUCCGAGGGUCCGACUAUGGAAUAG